UUUUGUUUUAGAAAAAGCAAUCCACUUUUUUACCUUAUUUCACAUGCUCUUUACCGAUAGAAUUACGAAAUUAACCAUAUCUACCUCAGAUUUCAAAAUUCAAUUCCCCUCACGGACGUGAAAUUUCCCUUAAAUCACUUGUAUUUAUCGGGUUUAGCAAAAAUAAUUAAUAAAUCUAUUUUAAAUUGUUGCUUUACUCUUACUUAAAUGUUACAUUUUCGUUUUUUUCCUUUUGUACUUUUUUUUAUUUACCUUCCUUUUUUUGGGUUUUCUGGUUCUGUUCAGACCGGCAAGUCAAGCUGUUUAUUUUUCCGACAAGGGUAGAUUGUUUUCUCGAGAAAGGUUUUUCUCAGGAAACAAACAGUUCCUUCUCUUUCUUUUCUUAUUCUUUUGUUCUUUAGUGUUUUGCUGAGAGAAAACUCGAAAGUGCCGGUACUAUUUGAAGAAGCUAAGCGAAUGUGAAAGGGACCGAGAGAGAGACGCUACAGUUUCUGGAGAGUAUCUUCUUAAAGUCUUGAAGUUGCUGUUGUAGAAUCUGGAAAAUAGUAUUGUUAGGUGUAGUGAUUUUUGAAUAAUUUACAGUUUAUGCAUGGAGGGAAGAGAAGGAUUAAGUUCAGGGGUGACAGUGAUAGGAGCAGAAGCUCCAUCAACCUAUCAUAUGGCGCCAAGGACAGAAAAUCCUGGUCAGAUUGUAGUGUCACCACCAGCCGUAGAGGUGCCACCAGUUGGUGCAGGAUUGAUCGGAGGAACUGCAGAAAAGAAGAAAAGAGGGAGGCCAAGGAAAUAUGGACCGGAUGGGGCGGUCGCUAGGGCAUUAUCACCGAUGCCAAUUUCUGCUUCGGCCCCGCAUACUGGUGGAGACUACUCUGCUGGAAAGCCGGGGAAAGUGUGGCCUGGUAGUUAUGAGAAAAAGAAAUACAAGAAAAUGGGAAUGGAGAAUUUAGGUGAAUGGGCUGCUAAUUCUGUUGGCACAAAUUUUACACCCCAUGUCAUCACUGUUAAUGCUGGCGAGGACGUUACCAUGAAGGUGAUAUCAUUUUCACAACAAGGGCCUCGUGCCAUUUGCAUCCUAUCAGCUAAUGGAGUAAUUUCAAACGUCACACUUCGUCAACCUGAUUCUUCUGGGGGUACUUUGACAUACGAGGGUCGCUUUGAAAUACUUUCAUUGUCUGGAUCAUUUAUGCCUACCGAGAUUCAAGGAACAAGGAGCAGAUCAGGAGGGAUGAGUGUCUCUUUGGCAAGCCCCGACGGUCGUGUUGUGGGGGGAAGCGUUGCUGGACUUCUAGUCGCUGCUAGUCCUGUGCAGGUUGUGGUAGGCAGUUUCCUGCCAGGAAAUCAUCAAGAACAAAAACCAAAGAAGCCGAAGAUUGACUCAAUACCAGCAACUUUUGCACCGGCCCCAGCCAUACCUGCUCCUAUCGCAGAGAGAGAGGAAAGUGCGGGUACACCACAGGGGCAGCAAAAUUCCUCUCCCUUCCAAAGAGAAAACUGGGCCACCAUGCACUCCAUGCAGGAUGUGAGAAACUCCGGAACUGAUAUCAACAUAUCAUUGCCAGAAGGUUAACUUCAGGAGCCCUAGUCAAGCAUCUCUUACUGACUAUAUUGGUUGGUCAUCCUGGAGUCUGAGUUGCUCCUCUUAUCAAAUUCUCUGUAUGCUUUAUUGAAUAUUUCUUCUGGAAUAACUAGGAUGUUAGGAAUGACAUACUUUUUGGCUGGGAUCAGACAGGAUAUCUGAUUACUAGGGCUAAUCUAAAGUAGGCUUCUUUGAUUUGUUACGAGUAGAGUAUGGUUGUAAAGACAUUUGAAUUGGAAACCAGUCUGGCUUGAACAA